GCGACAGCUUCCUAUAUAUCUUAAAUGCGUGUAAUGAGUCGGAAUGUGGAGCUUAAUAAAGGUAAUUGCUGCGCUCGGGGGAAUCUCAUUUCCACAGUAGGCUCGAAGAUGAAGAUUUUCCUCAUUUCUCUACUCGUUGUUCUCUGCACAACUGCCUCAGCUGCCGGAAAAAGGCGAGACGAAGCAAGCGCUUUUAAACUCUUAUUGGACGCAUUGAGAGACGGCCUUCGUUCAGCACAACAGGCAGACGAACAGAAAGCAGAAAACAGCAAAUCUGAUGCCGCUGCAUUUGACAACCAGAAUAGAUUUGAUGAUGAUAGUUCGGUGUACCAAGAACUAGAUUCUACAGGUGUAGGGACAACAACAGAUACAGAACUGCAGUUGCUCAAUUUAACCACAGUUUCACAAUCCCGUGCACCGAGCACACGUAGCGGUUCUGCCACCAAUACAGUGACAGUUUAUUUCAAAGGGAAACGGAUCGUGAUUAACUGUACUAAACAUUGCGCAAGGAGGAAUGCUCAUUCCUACAUUGUUAGUGAAUGCAAGUUAUCGAGUGCACCACUUGCUUGUUACAUAUGUCGGGCGAGUGGGGCUUGUGUGAACCGGAAUUCAGCGAUCUGAUUUCUUUGUUAUUUCAGUUAUAUUUAAAUACCUACGCUCAUAAUUCAUUAAAAUAUAAUAAACUCGCCCGCUUUAAAUGGAUGUGUAAUUAAUUGUCUACCGCAAAUGACAAUUCAGAAAUUCAAAGACUUAUUAGCUGCAAUUUCCUUGUCGGAAAAUCUAACUAAAGGACUCGUAUCACGAAAGUUAGGCAUUGUAUAUCAGACAAGACAAAUUGAGUAGCCUAUACAGUAUAUAUACAAACAGUGUAAGUGUAGCAGGUGGUAUAGAGUCGUUUUAACUGCAGUCUCAAUAUGAAGGUUGGUGUGUUAAUAGUGUUGUGCAUUCUGGCUUUUUGCUGUGCAGUCUCGUCGGGUCUGGUCAGAUGUGGAGAAUUUUGUUACCUAAACCCAAGAACACGUCAGUGGAUUGUCCCUGAUGCUCACUGCAGGCUUUAUUGGCGAUGUUGGUUUUGUCGAAACGCUGGUUAUUGCGGAAAUACCGGUUCGAUCUUUGACGUUUUACCGACACCAGCAAACACCACUGCAUAGAACGUCUUCUAAAUGCGUGUGUAGCAUAUGAUAUACCUGUAUAUCCCGUAUUGUGAUGAACGCAUUGUUAUAUAUACAGACACUUUUACCAUAGUAUACUGAUGUGGUAUACUCUGCUUUUACGUUGAGUGUUGCAUUCAGUAAUAAACGAAAUUUGUUUUAGAUGG